CCCGUGUCCCCUGCGUCCCCGUCCCCCCGCCCCGUCCGUCUCCAUGCCCCCGCAGUGAGGCCGGGCGGGCGAGCUGCGUGCCCGGGGGGGUCGCGGGCUGCGGCCACCAUGGGCAAAUCCAACAGCAAGUUGAAGCCUGAAGUUGUGGAGGAGCUGACCAGGAAAACCUACUUUACGGAGAAGGAGGUGCAGCAGUGGUACAAAGGCUUCAUCAAGGACUGCCCCAGUGGGCAGCUCGAUGCUGCUGGCUUCCAGAAGAUCUACAAACAGUUCUUCCCCUUUGGUGACCCAACCAAAUUUGCCACCUUUGUUUUCAAUGUCUUUGAUGAGAACAAGGAUGGGAGGAUUGAGUUCUCUGAGUUCAUCCAGGCGCUGUCAGUCACCUCCCGGGGGACGCUGGACGAGAAGCUGAGGUGGGCGUUCAAGCUGUACGACCUGGACAACGAUGGCUACAUCACCAGGAACGAGAUGCUGGACAUUGUGGAUGCCAUUUACCAGAUGGUGGGGAACACAGUGGAGCUUCCCGAGGAGGAGAACACGCCGGAGAAGAGGGUGGAUCGGAUCUUUGCCAUGAUGGACAAGAACGCAGACGGGAAGCUGACGCUGCAGGAGUUCCAGGAGGGCUCCAAGGCUGACCCCUCCAUCGUGCAGGCUCUGUCCCUCUACGACGGGCUCGUAUAGUCCCGGGGCCGAGUGGUGCUGCCGGGGGGAAGAUGCUCUCUGUGCCAUCCGACCGCCGCCGCGCGAAGCUUGCCUGCCCCCCUCGGCCUUCCUCCCUGCCCCGCGGGCAGGCGAUGCCCUCGCAGCGUGAGCUCAGCCCCCUCUCCGCACUCUGAACCAGCCGCUGCCAUCUGCCAACGUCUGCUUUUUCCGAACGAGAGAACCACCCCGUGCCAGCCCCGGUGGUGCCAGCCCCGGUGGUGCCAGCCCCGGUGGUGCCAGCCCCGGUGGUGCCAGCCCCCGGGCUGAGCGGCAGCCAGCGCCCGAGACUUCAGUGCCAGGGGAACUGGUCGAGCAUCGCCGAAGGCAGAGCCCCCCCUGCCCCCCAGCCUCCUCGCCCCCUUUGCUCCCUUUGUCCUCCGUCUCGGGAUGGGACUGGGACGCUGCUCUCCUGGGGUCUGCCGGCUGGAGGCGGAGCCCAAAGGCAGCAGGGGGCUGCCCGGGGCGGGGGCUGCCUCUGCAGGGCGAGCAGGGCACCGAGGCGGCGGCGCCCGCUGGGAUCGCGGCCCUGGCAUCACCCACGAUGCCACGAGCAGCCCGGGAGCCAUCUGACGCUGUUCCACGGCGAUUUCCUUUCUCUUUGGUGAGACGGUGUUGUGCUUCUUGCCUUGGGGUUGUGCUUCUCUCCUGGGCUGGGGGGGAGUGAGGCUGUGUUGGGUUUUUUUUACCUGCCCCUCUGGAGGCUCAAUGCCCUUUAUUUAUUUGUUGUAAAUGUUGCUGCUGUGUUUAGUCUCUCGUGUCUGUGUCCAGCCACCGAGGUGAUGAUGAUGAUGAUGAUGAUGAUGUGAGGGUCUCCUCCUCCUCCUCUAUUGCGGGGCACUGGGAGCCUGCAAUAACAAUGAAGCCAAAAAAAUAUCCCUGCCUUCCCCCCCCUCCCCCC